GCUGUCUUUUGUGCCGAGCAGAAGAAGAAGUGGAGUCCGAUCGAGCAGCGGUGCCGCGUCCCUCUUCCCCGGAUCCUUUUACAACUCCCUCCCGAACCUCUCCCCUUCCACCCUCGCCACCCUACCCACCCCCUGAACGCCCAUCCAGGGAACAGUUUUCGGACUUUGAACCAGCGACCAAAGACCCGCCCACCCCCUCUUUCACCCUGGAUCCUGCAGUAGACAUGGACUCGAGCCUGGUCGAAGGUGGACUCAACGUCACCCUCACCAUCAGGCUACUCAUGCACGGGAAGGAGGUUGGAAGCAUCAUUGGCAAGAAAGGAGAGUCGGUUAAGAAGAUGAGAGAGGAGAGCGGCGCUCGCAUCAACAUCUCAGAGGGGAACUGUCCGGAGAGGAUCAUAACCCUGGCAGGACCCACCACCUCCAUCUUCAAGGCUUUCUCCAUGAUCAUUGAGAAACUGGAGGAGGACAUCAGCACCUCCAUGACCAACAGCACAGCCACCAGCAAACCGCCCGUCACCAUGCGCCUCGUCGUGCCCGCCAGCCAGUGUGGCUCGCUCAUCGGCAAGGGCGGCUGCAAGAUCAAGGAAAUCCGGGAGUCGGCAGGAGCUCAGGUACAAGUAGCAGGCGACAUGUUGCCCAACUCCACGGAGCGCGCCAUCACCGUCGCAGGGACCCCACAGUCCAUCAUCGAGUGUGUCAAGCAGAUCUGCGUCGUCAUGCUCGAGUCGCCUCCGAAGGGAGUGACCAUCCCGUACAGACCCAAACCCUCAGGCUCCCCCGUCAUCUUUGCUGGUGGUCAGGCUUACGCUGUCCAAGGGCAGCACGCCAUUCCACAGCCUGAUGUAAGUGAAGGGCCCUCUCUCACCAAACUUCACCAGCUCGCCAUGCAGCAGAGCCCGUUCCCCAUCGCACACGGCAACCAGAGCUUCCAGGCCGGGAUGGAUGCCUCUGCACAAACCGGCUCUCAUGAGCUGACCAUUCCAAAUGACCUCAUCGGUUGCAUCAUCGGCCGCCAGGGCGCGAAGAUCAACGAGAUCCGUCAGAUGUCGGGCGCCCAGAUCAAAAUCGCCAACCCAGUGGAGGGCUCCACCGACAGACAGGUCACCAUCACCGGCUCCCACGCCAGCAUCAGCCUGGCUGAGUAUCUGAUCAAUGCUCGGCUGUCUUCUGAAGCCACCGGCCUCGCCGCCAACUGACACGGAGGAUCAUCAUCAGCACCUAACGUUGACCCCUCCCCCUACUUUUUACCGAGAGGUCCCUUUAUUGAACUUGAUGCAAAAACCAAGUCCUAUAAACUCACUGUUUCCUCCUCUGCUUCCUUUAGACGCCCGCUCAGUUGUAAUUACACCAUCAUCAUGAUAUUGGUAUUUUAUUUAUUUAUUGUUUUUAAAGAAAGAAAUUCCCUUUUUUUUGCAUAAAGUUUUUAAAAACUUAUUUUUUCCUCUUUUUUUUUGUUGUCGUCGUUGUAUAUCUGUAUGAUUUUCUUGAUAUAGGUAUAAAAAAAGGUUUUGGAAAAAUCUGAAAAAGCAUAAAUAAUGUUUUUUUUUUAUGUCAGAUUUUUCUUAGAAAAUGUUAAAAAAAAAUGAAGAAAAAAAAGACAACCUUCUAGAUGGACUGUUCUUUCCCCUCCCUUUUUAAAAUAUCUAUUUAUUUUUUAUUUAAUACACACUUCAGCUCCUCGUGAGAGUAGAAUCCAGCGUCCCGUUCAAGGCGGUUGGGCCACGGUGCGGGACGUGGGUUUUUAAAAGUGAAGGUUUUCAUCCCGGUGACGUGUCGGUUCAAGUCUCGCUCUCUGAUAAUUUUUUUGCAGAGUUAAUUGUUUUGUGUCAUUCCCGUGUUUUUACAUCUUUUGUUUAAAAAAAAUUCUCGAUCAGAACUUUUUUUGAGCAUUAUUGUAUAUUGGAUUCUGAUGAGGGUGGGCGGGGCCGCAGGGGGGGGGGUGCGGGGCCUGAACGAGAGGAAAAUAUUUUUUCUUUUCUCUGAAAUUACUACAGACCAUAGUAAUGAUGAAGAUGAUAAUAAUAAUAAUAACGUUGAAAUGUUUGUUUUAAAUAGAGAAAAUAUUUUUUUUAACUGCAGGGCUGGGGGAAUGCUGCAAGGGGGCAAAACUACGAGACAUAUGGGUCUUUAUAAGUAUAUUAUGCUGAGGUAUUAAAUUAUGAUUCAACUAGAAGGAGAAUUAUAGAAUUAACACUAGUUUCCUGCUAUAUUUUUUUUUUUUUUUUUUUGCCUGGGUCAGAUUUUUAUUUUUUAAUUAUUCUUUGCAGGAUGAAGAAACUCACGUUUUUUGUGCACGUUUUCAAAACUAUUGUAGAUCUGGGUGCAAUGGCAUUGUUGAAAUGAAAUGCAGAAAUUAAAAAUUUAAAAAAAACAUGUGAAAUGCUUAAA